ACGUUCAUUCGCAUACAGUUACUGCACGGUCCUGUUGGUGUAACACACGCGACAGAACGUUCCAUCAGCAUGGUUGUCUCAUGGUACAGUUAUAUGUGGCUCUAAUAGUAAUUUUUGCAUUGAACGUUUUUAAACUAAUAUAUUCGCACAGAGCGAUAGAUAUAUAUAUAUACUUUCCACAUAUUUAGUAUUUUCCGCGUUACCAUGCAUGUCACGGGUCUGCGUUGACGCUAGAAAGCUUCAAAGUAAUGUAAACAUCUGGAGAAAUUAAUUAUUGCUAGUAAGUUCGUGCUCAGUGUAAUAUCGGAAAAAGCGGAACACCUUAGUGCUUUAUUAUUUAUUAGGUUAAUUAGAUAAAAACUUAAGAUGUCUGAAGUUAAGCUGAAGAAACAUGCCGAAAAUGUUCAAACUAAUGGUCAAUCAAAUCAUGAGAAGAAGAAAAAGAAACAUGAAAACAAUAAAAAGACGUUCUUCUACGAUACAAAAACAGUUGUAAAGAAGAAAACGAAACCAACAACUGUAAAGCCAAACAUUAAGCCCCCCACAAAAGUUGAAGAGUAUUCGUGCAACUGGAAGAAGUUACUGCAGACUCUUGCUGCAAAUCCUGAAAAGAAGAAUGAAGACACAAAACAGGCGAAAGAUGCAAACGUUAAAGGAAAGCAGCUUCAGAAGACAGUUUCCAAAGACUCUCAUAAACUUCACUUGAAAAAACCUGCACGGACUGUCAGACCUGCUUCUGAGACAUCUGGAGGAGUAGAAAAAGAUGGAGACCAACAGAACGGAAAAGACUCCGCCAGACACAAACAAUUCAAAGCAGAGAAGAGGAAAAGAAAGGAUGAAAAAGAGAAACCGAUGAACAAAAAGAAGAAAGUCGAGGAGGUGGAAAAGAAAACAGCAGAGCCUGAUAUCUGGUUUGAUGACGUGGACCCUGAUGACAUCGAGGCGGCUUUGGGGCCCGAGGCUGCAGACAUCGUACGAAAACGUAGCGGAAUGCUGAAGUCCAGCGCAGAAGUCACAGAGAAAGUGCUGGUGAAAGAGCACGGGUUUGAGGGAUUGACCCGUGCUGUCGCUAUGGACUGUGAGAUGGUGGGUGUUGGGUGUGAUGGGGAGGACAGCAUUCUAGCGCGAGUCUCCAUCGUCAACCACUUUGGGAAAUGCAUCUACGAUAAAUACAUCAAACCCACGGAAAAGGUUAUGGACUACAGGACGGCUGUUAGUGGAAUCAGACCGGCGGACAUCGAAAAUGGUGAGGACAUCAAGACAGUCCAGAAAGAAGUGGCUCAGAUUCUGGAAGGAAGAAUAUUAGUAGGACACGCCAUUCACAAUGACUUAAAGAUUUUGCUGCUGGAUCAUCCCAAGAAAAUGAUCAGAGACACACAGAAAUACAAACCAUUUAGGCAGAGAGUAAAGAGCGCACGUCCUGCGUUGCGGGUUUUAUGCAAAGAGAUUCUCAGUGUUAAAGUCCAGCAGGGUGAACAUUCAUCUGUUCAGGAUGCUCAGGCCACUAUGAGGCUGUACACUCUGGUGAAGAAGCAGUGGGAGGCGGAGCUUAAAGCCGCCCGGGCGGGUCAAUUUCAGAAGAGCCCACGAAAACCCAAAACUCCUAAAAACCAGAGCAAAUUAAUUCAGAUCAGCCGAUAAAAAAAACUCUUCGCAAAACAUGACAGACUGAAACAUGGAUCUGUUUUACAAGCGUGGAGUAACACUGUCUUCAGUUACGUUAUGAUGAACUGUUUAAUAUUCCUGUCUGAAUGUCUCUCAGUUUGUACUUGAAUCUUAAAUCCUAUCUUCUGUUAUUUGAGGAAUGAGACCAUCAAACCGUUCAGAUUAUCAGUGUUCUAUUGAGCUCUUUUAUACCAAGUAAUUUAAAUGCUUAUUUUCCAUCCUGUUUAAAAUUACAUGACAGAUGUAACCGUUAUUGGAGACUUUCAUAGUUUUCUGUCUGAACUGCUAUUAAAGACCCCACACUUGAUGUGCACAAGGUGUUGAUUUCUCACAUCGAAUGACACAAAUAAUGGCAAUGAAAUAUAAUGAAAUCUUA